AGACGGUCCUUCUUGUGCAUGUGUGUUUCCUGGUUGCCAAAGACACUGUAUUUGUUUUCUUUCUGUGUUUACAAGAGGACUGGUACCUGAGAGCCUGAGAAUGGCACAAUCUCAUGGAAGUUGCUCUACAACAAGAGAAGAAGCUACAUCUAAGUGGUCAGAUGUAAUUAAGAACAGCAAACAGAUUGCAACAGAACCCAUAAGAACAUACCUGCUGAACACAGUCAAGAGAGCACUGAAUAAAGAUGGACUCAUCAGGAGAUACACUUUUGGAAGAAAGGACCCCAACAAAAGGAACAGGACAAUCCUGAUGGUAGGAGAAACAGGAACAGGGAAGUCUGCGCUCAUCAAUAUGAUGGUCAGCUACAUGCUGGGGGUAGAGUGGGAAGAUAAGAUCAGGUUUGAAAUCAUUCCAGAUGAAGGCAAAAACCCAAAAACCAGUCUGAUUACUGUCUAUGAGAUUUUUGGACUGGAGGAGCUGUCUGUUCCUUUUUCACUCACAGUCAUUGAUACACCAGGAUAUGGAGACACUACAGUGAAAGAUGAUAUAAUUGCUCAGAAUCUGUACAGAUUACUGGAAUCUUUCGACAUCGUUGAACUAGAUGCAGUUUGCCUUGUGGUGAAGGCAUCUGCAUAUCAUCUCACUCCUUUCCAGAAGAAAAUCUUUGAUUCCAUCCUGUCCCUCUUUGGAAAGAACAUGGAGAAAAACAUCAUGACUCUCAUCACGUUCUCUGACUGGACGUCACCUUCAAAUGCUCUUGAGGCAGUUAUCGAUUCUGGUGUACCUUUCCCCAAAGAUGAGCCUGUUCACUUCCUGUUCAACAACUGUCCUCUUAAUGAUUAUCAGAAUAAAUAUGAAAAAUCAUUCAAACAUCACUGGGAUAACGGAACUGAGAGCAUGAGGGAGUUCUUUCAGACUUUGGAUCGAAUGGAAACUCAAAGCUUGAGGAUGACUGAAAAUGUCUUGAGAGAACGCCGGAGACUGGAAGCUUGUAUCCAGAGCUUCGAGAGUCAGAUCAAGGUCGUGGAGAUGAAGCUCAAGGCACUUGAGGAAGUUAAGAAAACUCUGGAAGAGCACAAAGAGGACAUGAGGAAAAAUAAUAACUUUCAGUAUAAUUACACAACUGUUGUCAUGAAGAAGGUCCCAGCUGUUGAAGCUGCACUCCUCUGUCAGAAGUGUGAGGUAACCUGCCACACUCCAUGUACGUGGGCACCUGACCCAUGGUGGUGUCAUGUAAUGGACUGGAGUGGGAAAUGUACGGCCUGUCCCGGAAAAUGCAGCUACAAUGACCAUGAAAAAGGACACAGAGUAUAUAAGCCAGAAUACAAAGAAAAAACAGGAACUCGUGAGGGCCUGAAAAAAACUUUUGAAGGGAGGAUAGCCAGAGGAGAGGAAGUGAUGUCCACACGUGAGCAAGAGUUGAGGAAUGCAGAAGCUGAGAAAACCAGCCUCAUUGAAAGGUGUUUCCAGUGCAUUCUCCAGCUUGGAGAGCUUGCUCUGAAGUUUGAUUCUGAUUCUACUCGUCAGAGUAUUCUCAGGCUGAUAGAAGUGCUGGAGAGGAACAACGAGGCAGAGAAAGCGGAAACACUACAGGAUAUUCUGGAAAACACUGUGCAAAGAGAUUAACAGACGUGGAGAAGAUGUGUGUUCAGUUGCACGCUCUUCUGCUUUCCAUGUAGAUGUUGUAGGGCCAAAAUUAUUAUAGAGCAAACAGUUACGCUUAUUUACCAAGGACUUCCCCUGUUGUCCCUACUGUGAAACAGGCAUUAGCAACAGUAGACAACAGCUACCAAAAUAAACUGUCAAAGAUGAAUUCAAUCAGGAUUGUAACUUUACCUAUCUCUUCCUGUAGUGGCAGAACCUGUCCAUAUCGCCAUAGAAACUACUGAAGAGAGAGAGACUCUUAAGCUCAACAGAACAAUGUGAUGGGAAUUAUUAUUUUUGAAUUGUCAAAAU